ACAAACAAUCCGGAUGAUGUUCGGGAAAAGUGAUGGUGUCAUUUACUGCUUUUGAAUUAAGUUCAUCAGUAUCGACAAAGACUAAAUAAUUACUCAGUAUGCAACACGGCAACACUCAGCCAUCUGAGGAUGGAUGGAAGGAAGAUAAGACUCUUGGCUCUGGAGGAUUUGGUACAGUUAUUUUGUGGAAAAAUUUGGAAACAAAUGAAGCAGUAGCCAUCAAAAGAUGUAGAGUUCAAAAUGAAAUGACACCAAAGCAUCGUCAACGAUGGACUAUGGAGGUAGAUAUUAUGAAACGUCUUGAUCAUCCCAAUGUGAUCUCUGCACGAGAAGUACCACCACCUUUGGAUGUGAAAGAAAAUGAGCUGCCUCUGCUCGCUAUGGAGUAUUGUGCUGGAGGUGAUCUCAGAAAGGUAUUAAAUAAACCAGAGAACUGCUGUGGACUAAAAGAGUUUGAAGUCCGCUGUUUGGUUGGGGAUAUAGCUUCAGCUGUUGAGUACCUCCAUGGAAAGAGGAUUAUCCACCGAGAUCUUAAGCCAGAAAAUAUAGUGUUGAGCGUUGUAGAAGAUAAGACUGUUUACAAGCUGAUCGAUCUUGGAUAUGCCAAAGAGUUGGAUCAAGGAAGUGUGUGUACAUCCUUUGUUGGGACGUUACAAUACCUUGCCCCCGAGUUAUUUGCCAGUCAAAAGUACACAUGUACAGUAGACUACUGGUCCUUUGGGACCGUGGUGUUUGAAUGUAUCACAGGCUACCGACCAUUCCUUCCCUCCACACCUCCUGUUACAUGGCACAAGGAGGUUUGUCAGAAAUCCCCAGAAGAUAUUUCUGCUUAUCAUGACAUCAGUGGUGAUGUUAAAUUUUCCAAGAAACUUUUAUACCCAAUAAGUCUUUGCAGAACACUUCAAGUGUAUUUUGAGAAGUUUCUGCAACUGAUGCUGCGGUGGGACCCCAAGUCACGUGGCGGAGGUCUAGUCGACGGUAGACCUAGCUGUUUCAGCGUGUUGGAUACAGUACUAAAUAUGAAGAUUAUCCACAUCCUGAACGUAGCCACUAACCAUUUGCUGUCAUAUCCCCUGACGGAGGAGUACUCCAUGCAGCAACUAAUGAACAUCAUUGAGCAGGAAACAUCAAUUCCCAUCAAGGAUCAGGACCUCUUGUUGGCAAGUGGUGCCAGUCCUGACCCUCAACAGUCAGCCUCACAGUGCUGGACUAACCCAUGUGAUGAAGACUGGGUGGUAUUCCUUUUCAGGAAGGGUGGCUCUUCAGAGGUUCCAACUAAAUUCAAACCACUUCCCACACGUGUGCAACACAUAGUGCGAGAUCCAACAACUCUACUGCCUUAUCCGGAGCAGAAAAAGGCAUGGGCCGAGUGUGUAUUUUUCUGUGCUGAACAGGUGGUUGACUAUAAGCGUUUGAUCCUUAGUCAGCGGGCAGCUAUGCUCAGUCUAUUGAGAACAAAUUCAGACUUUAUUCGUCUGAAGUCAAAGAUGGUUAACGAGAGUGAUUAUCUGAUGGCCAAGAUGAAGUUUUUCCAACAGAGUUUGAGACAUGACAUGGCAUGUUAUAAGGACCAGAUGUCCAAUGGUAACCUCUCUGACUCGGGUGAAUUGUUUCAAAGAUGGCUUCAAAGUGGCGAAGACAUGAAUGAAUAUAGUGCUAUAAAAGAAGAGUGCAAUAGACUUGACCAGCAGUCCACGGCAUUGCAGACAAAAAUUGUGGAGUUACAGAGAAGCCCUUUUGCACGAACAAACAAGAACAUCAUUUUAGAGGAAAUGGAGAAGACGUCUAGGGAUUUGUACCAGGAACUAAGACAAUCUGGGAAAGGCCCUGGUAGAGAAACCUUUAGAGAUCAUCGUCCUAUGGUGACUGCUGUAGUCAAGUGUGUGAUGAGUCGUGACAAAAACCUUCAGGACUUGUAUCGACACCUAGUGAAGAUAGGAUCUUGCAAGCAGGAACUGUUCCAAAUUUUACCAGGAAUUGAGAAGUGUUGCAGAGAUAUAAACAGUGCGAAUGAACAAUUGAUUAAAUGUCAGAAGCGACGUCAGUCCGAAAUAUGGCAUCUCUUUAGAACGAUGAGUGGUGAAAUCAAUCAACGUGGAAGUAGUGGUCAUGCUAGCAUCUCUGUCUCAUUAUAUGGCAAUGAAUCACUGGAGUCUUUACAAGUAGUCGAAGAUUCUAAGGAAACACACAGAAGGCUUGGUCAAAUGCUACAAGAUGUUUUACAAGCUCAGAAUGAUCCUGCAUCAAAUCUGGAUUGGGAUUCAAUGCCAUUGGCAAACACAUGACUGGACAAUAGACAUAUCUUGGCACAUGAUAACUCCAAAAAGGUACACUCGGGAUACAGUUACUUGUAAAUGAUGGAUCCAUCAGAUCUGCUGCAGCAUUGGAACAGCUGUACCUAUAACCUAUAGUGCACAUCACUAGUGACUGGCUCAACGUUACCUAAUGCUGUUAGCAAACAAUGAGUUAACAAGUGAUUCGAAAAUGUUAUGCUAUUAGCAUUCAGAGAGUUUCUGCAACUCCGAAAUACCUGUAGUGGUAAGCAUACAAGUUCCAACUAAGGACUCAACUAUAUAAGUGUAAUAGCAUAUAGUGACAUAAUAACUGCAAUGAGUUUUAAGGAUUACACUGUAAUAAAUGCUAAUAUUUAGCAUUUGGUGAGUUCCAAUAGAUCAACUUGACAUGAAACUGUUUGAGGGAUUUUGUAAUGCCAGUACAUUUGUAGGUGUUAGUAUAUUUCAAUAAUUCAUAGAGGAUAUGCUUUGUUUCUUAGUGAAUAAAAGUAGAAGUGGAGUGGAAAGUUUUAUAUUUUUCAAACGUGCCAGUCAAGAUUGAAAAAUAUAAAUAAUUUCACUGCAUGUGUGUAUCAUUAUUCUGCCAGAUAUAUAGUUCUACAUCUGUAUGUAGGGCUACUAUUUCAUGGCUAUGUUUACUAGAGUUGUCCUUCCUGAAGUCCUGAUGCACCCUAGGGAAAUUGAUAUUUUAACUGCAAAUGCUGUGAUAUGAUUGGUUAAAAAUGAACAAAAAUAUAAAUAACUGUUAUAUUCAAUAGAUAUAUCAUAUGAAGUCAUGUUUCACUUUGAAAAAUGUUGUAAUUUAUACAUUAACAUCUGUCAGACCUGUUAAGUAAGACACUAUGAAGAUAUGUAAUUAAACUAUGGAAAACUCCAAACAUGGUAACAUUAAUAAAAGAUACCUUUGCAAUUCUAAAUAAAUCUAUAUGACAGAUAAAUACAUUAUGAUUUCAAGAAAUAGCAUAUAACUACAUGGACACCCCUUCUUCCAUUUAGGCAGAGUACAAUUAACUUGGUCCAUGUUGAUGUGUAAAUACAACGUAUCAUGAUAUAAUAUUACUUAUCCACAGGAAGACAUUUCAAGUAGUAUGUUAAAAAUUAGCUGAUCUCUACUAAUAAUUUAAUUUGAUCUUGUUCUAUACAACCUGCUGUAAUUAGUUCAGUAACAUUCUGGUGUGAUGAAUAUUUAAUUGUACCAAAACAUGGACUUUUUUCUGGGUGCAUUAUCAAGAAUAAAUCUGUAGUGAAACAUGGAAAUACCUGAUACAAUGAAGGUUGUUAUUUUCUAUGGAUUUCAUUUUUCACUGAAAAAGAUGUUCCUUGCAAUCACAAGGGUGGAAUAUGUUCUUUUGACUUUAUUAGAAGUGUUUGUGAUCGUACAUGCUGAAUAGGAAGGUUGUCGUGCAGAAUGUAUUCUUAUAAACUUAGAAGCCUUUGAAAAAAUUGCUUUAAAAUUUCACAAAAAAGUACAUAACAACCUUUACAUACAGUACCUAAAUGAUUGGAUGAUAGUGCUUUAUUUCUUGUCAACUUACCACUGGAACAACCAUGGUAAAAGCAACCUUUACACACAGUAUCUAAAUGAUGGGAUGACAGUGCUUCAUUUGUUUUAGACCUACACUGGAACCAUAGCCAAAACAACCUUUACACACAGUAUCUAAAUGAUGGGACAACAUUGCUUCAUUUGUUUUAGACCUAUCACUGAAAAUUUUGAAUAUCAGCUGUAUUAUUAGUUCAUUGUCACAAAUAAAAUGCAGUUUUUAGUAAGAUAUUGGAGAUGGGGAUUCUUUUAACACUCCAAAUAAGCAUGACUGUAAGAUGUAAUGUUUUCUCGAUUCCAAAGGGUAUCUCAAGUGAUAUCACCAAAUAUGUAAGUCUGUAUUUGAAGAUUUUAUUUAUGUCAGACUGGCAAAUAAUGAGAAAUGUUGAAAAAUGAAUUACCUUUGAUGAUAUUGACUUUGAAAUCUAUUAGAAUUGUAUGGAUUGAACUAGUCCAUCAAUCUAUUAUGUAGUGCUACUGGUGUCAUCAUUCAGUGUAAUUUCAGUCACUUAGUACCAGAAUAAAUUACUAAUAAAAGUACAAUUUUGUAUUUUCUGAAUAUUAAUAUACUCAAUGCCUACAUUCAGUGGUUGAGAGUGAUUUGCCUCAAACUCAUCCCUCACGAUGCCAUUGAUGAUCGAGUAUUUUGGCUACAGUAUUUGUGAUGUAUUUCUGAAAAAUAUACAAGGUAGUAAUUCAUGUUAUUUUCAUUGUACAUUGUUCUUUUAACCUGUCUCCAAAAAUUUGGAAAACACAAAUGUACAAUAACUUUUUUCCUGUUUCUAAUUAAUGUAAUUAAAUCUGUAAAAUGAUCCAUUUUGUAACUUUUAUUGCUUUAUUAUUUAUUAACUUUGUGGAAAGAUUUUAUUAUUUAUUUACUAUAUGGAAAGAUUUUGAAUGCCAAAGGACAAUUUUUCCUACAAAGCAUGCGAGCAGAUUACAUUGUGCAGUGUCAAAUAUCUUUUAUAUCGCAUAUAAUAUAUUGUAUUAGCUAUAUUCAUAAGAUAUCAUUCUGUUAGAAAAGAAAGAAGAUCCCUUCAUAGAAAUUGUAAAACCAAGUCUAAACAGGCUGAACAGGAUGCAACAAAAUUUUGUUACAUUGUAUAAUUGUUUUUUGUACAAGAUGAUGUCACAGCAACUGACAUUAUCAUACAUUGCAUUUACCAUUUCCUUCUGAAAUAAACAUGAAGAGACCAA